GGUAUUCUGAAAUAAGAUAUUUUGCACGACUGACAGCCGCAUAGGUAAGCUACUAAGCUACUCUCCUCGCCUCCACGCUUACCGCUUCUUUAGGUAUGCGCUAUCCGUCUUCCUAGCAAGAAGAAUCUGCUAACUCGCUCUUCAGACCAGCAAGAUGACUAAGGGUACUACCUCCAUGGGUAAGAGACAGUCCGUGAAGUCUCACGGACUUUGCCGCAGAUGCAACAAGAGAUCAUGGCACUACCAAAAGCAGUCUUGCGCAAGCUGCGGUUUCCCUCUUGCUAAGACCCGUACGGCUUUCUCUUCUUUUCAUUUCAACUGGGGUGCUAAGGCCAAGAGACGUACAACAACUGGUACUGGUAGAAUGAGAAGCCUCAAGUAUGUCUCAAGACGCUUCAAGAACGGUUUCCGUGAAGGUACCGUCGCUAAGAAGGCUCCAGCUUCAGCUUAAGCUAUUCGCUUGUAGCCCGAAAUAAUGUUUACAUUGAGAAGCAUGACAUACAAGCAAUCUAAGAACUGCAUUGUGAGAGUUUUGAGUUAUGGUGUGUAGGUAGGCAAACCGUGUUGAGUUAUAUAUUUUAUAGAUUACAUUCGCUAUGCAUACAAUGCUGCUUGGUAAGUCGAAUAAGUCAAACAGAUUGAGAUUGUAAUUCGUG